AGCUGUCUGCACAACAACAAAGAUGGCGACAAGACUGUCAUGAGAAAAUGGUAGGCAGAGAAAAUACACAAGAUACUAUAAGGAGAAACAUUUUAACAUAUGCAUUGUUGUUGGACAAUGGACGCAAAGGAAAUCAUUCAUCAUGCUAAAGAGAUAGAAAAGCUCCAUAAAAAUGGUAACUACAACGAUAUAUCACCUCUCCUUUCGCUUCUAUUAGACGCGCAUGUCUCUUUAGAACAUCUACAAAAUACUGACAUCGCGCAGAUCCUCUACCGGGUUGUCAAGUCCUGCCCAGACAUAAACGUGAGAAAAACCUCAAAAGUCCUACUUUCAAAAUGGAAAAAGUUACACAGCCAUCCACAGAUGCAUAUCUGCAGACAGAUCCAUGCUGGUGAAUCUGCAAAAUCAAAAGCAGAUGAUACUGAACUACUGAAUGGGCCUACGUUUACAGCUGCUUCCUCAGAUAGUCCAAGAAGUGAACUGGCCACGGGUGAUGCACCGUCUGCAAAAGAAACUGGAUCUCAGACACAUACUGAAAACAGUAGUGGAAUAGCAUCUAGUGCAACACCUGGUGAACAGAUGACAAGAGAGUCAUCUUUUCAAGAGUCAGCGAUCAAGUUAGGGCAUGUGGAGGCCCCCUCUGUAAACAUCACCUCAGAGCUCUGCACAGUUCGAAAUAAAUGUGCACAGCUACUUCAGCAGGCACUGAGCCCUGAGAAGGAUCCAGAGGAUGCACACACAUUGGACACGUUAGCAGCGUUAGCCUGCAACAUUGAAAGUCACAUCCACGCAGUGCAUGGCACAAACAUGCCCAAAUACAAGACCUGUGUGCGGAGCAAGGUGGCAAACCUGCGCAAUCCAAAGUGCUCUCAUCUCAGACAGGGGCUGCUGUCAGGCCGCCUGAUCCCAGAGGACUUCGCCCGCAUGUCGGCGGAAGACAUGGCAGGUGAGGACUUGCGGAGGGAGAGGGAGUCGUAUGUGGCCGCUGGAAUUAAUGAGUGCCAGCUGCCACGCGGCGUGGAGGGCACGCGGACCUGUAAGCUGCGCUGCAAGCGGUGCCAGGGCAUGGACUGUCAGGUGACGCAGAUCUCACGGGGCACUCUCUUCCUUCCUGCCUGGGUGCGGCAGGGGAACCCCGGCGAAGAAGCCAUGACUUUUGUGACGUGUUCAGGAUGUGGACAGCAGUGGUAUCAGAGUGGCUGGGUCUGCUUCUGACAUGAGGACAGUGGCGUUGAUUUCACAUACUAAGGCACUGCAGUAUGAGUGGGAUGAGCAGCCUCAGUGGAUUGGGGUUGAAGAACAUCAGACAGACAGACCUGCAGUUGUUUUCAAUUGUGUUUUUAAUAAGCAUGACGUAAAAGCUGAAAUUUCUAUUUUUGUUGAAUUAAAAAAAAAUAAUCCAAAA